AUGGCGGCGACGGCGAGGGCGCUGCUGCGCGUGCGGGGCCCCGAGGCGCUCGCCUUCCUGCAGGGGCUGCUCACCCAUGACGUCAUGCGGUUGGCGCGGGCCGAGGGGGCGGUGCCGCGCGCCCUCUACGCGCACGCGCUGAACGUGCAGGGCCGCUGUCUCUAUGACCUCAUCCUCUACAGGCUUCAUGAAAGUCAAGAAGAGGAGCCAAACAUCCUGCUGGAGUGUGACAGCACCGUGCUGGACUCAGUUCAAAAGCAUUUGAAAUUGUACAAGAUCCGGAAGAAAGUAGACAUAGACCCCUGCCUUGACCUGUCUUUGUGGGCAGUCCUCCCAGGGGAGCAGUCUGGAUACGUUUCCAGUACCCUUGAUAAAUACAAAGACAAAACUUUGAUUUUUACUCCUGAUCCCAGAGCAGAAGUCAUGGGCUGGAGAUUGAUCAUGAGCAAAGAGACAAACCCAUUAGAGGUUGUCCCUGGGAGUCAGAUAGGAAACAUUAAGGAGUAUCAUAGGCACAGAUACAAACAAGGAAUUCCUGAAGGUGUAGAAGACAUUCCUCCAGGAGUAGCCCUGCCCCUGGAAUCCAACCUGGCCUAUAUGAACGGCAUCAGUUUUACCAAAGGCUGUUACAUUGGACAGGAGCUAACAGCGAGGACCCACCACAUGGGUGUCAUCCGUAAACGUCUGCUGCCAGUUCAGCUUUCAGCUCCUCUGUUAUCGGAAAGGAUUCCUGAGGGGUCUGAUAUCUUGACUGAAUCGGGAAAAUCAGCUGGCAAAUACCGGGCUGGAGGAGAUGAACUUGGCAUUGCUUUGCUGCGAUUGGCUAAUGUAAAUGAACCGCUGCAUAUAAAUCUACCAGGUGACACCACUGUGAACCUUACUGCAACUGUACCCAAGUGGUGGCCAAAACCUGCCAAUAAGUAAAUGAGGAAUCAUCUGCUGUACGUUUGCCUUACAAGACAAAUAUUGUCUCAGCAGCUUGGAAAAUUCAUUCUCUUCCUCCUGUCCCAUGCUUUUUUUCCCCCUUUUGCCUUUAUAUUUUGCUUGCAGGAUUCAGUCAGGGAGGAUUGUAGCAGGGUCCUUGGGAUCUGGGCCAAGCACUGGCAGCAAGUCAAGGGUAAUGUGCUGCCCAUUAUGGAGAAGCCAGCCUAUGGGGUGGUGAGACACUAAGGAAAGUUCAGUUUAUGGACUUUCUUCUGCAUAUUUCCCUUGUAAAACAGAUUGCGGGAGAUGGAUUAGAGAGAGUUGUGCUGUGGAUGGCCGGGCUUAAUCCCCAAAGAUGAUCCAUCCACUCGCAGCACUUCUGUGGCCUGCUUUCUCCUGCCACCUGCACCUUAUUGACUUCUGAAAGAGAGUGAAAACAAGCCAGUUGCUGCUGUCCCUCGGGAGCUGUGCUGUGGAGGGGUGACUUCUGUACUGGCUUCCUCUCUGUUGCCUCUUGGCUUAGCCAAAGCUGAUGUGCACAGGGGGUCAUGUCACACAGAUGCUGCUCCCCAAGUAGGUGCUUGGGAGCUUUGAGCUGUUUUCCUUUCCUUCACAUGAAGUAGCAGAUGAGUGCAUGAGCCCUAAAAGUCAUGCUUGGGAAGGGGGAGGAGGGCUGUACUGGGUAAAGAAUACUAACAAGGGGGUGUUUAAAGAGGCCAGACCCUAGUCUGUGUAAGGGUGCCCAAUAUUUAUUUUAGUUGGUAUGGACAUGUUGUAGGAUCUGAGGAUUUGUAGUCUACCACUUAGUGGAUGGAUCAAAGUUUAUUGUAAGUGUAGUGCUUUGUUGCAACGCAGAAAGGGGUGAUGGGAGUAGGAGUCUUAUCAUUGCAUGUAUAAAAAGCGUGGGUGUGUGUACAUAUUAUUUUUGUGGUAUUGCACAUUUUAGCAAAGAGCAUGCUGCACAAAUCUUUCACUAGGAUGCAUCUUUGCUACACUCAGGCUAAAACAUUCAUUGUGGAGGUUCUUGCAAUGAACUUUCUGCAUAGCUCCCAAAUUUCUGGUUAUUUUUUUUUUCUUUCACUGUUAACUGUGAAGCAAAAGGCAUGGAUAAUACUCUGCAAUUCAAAUAUGUAAUUUGCUUUCAAUACCUCAUCCUGCGAGUGAGAAAUGUAUCCAGGUUUUGAAAUACUGGUAAGUCCCUGCAGAGCCAGCAGAGGGCACACACUGCGUACACCAGUUUUUCCAGAGCUGCGCUGCCAUCCAUGAGGCUGGUCAGAAAGGCUUAGUCUACAAGCAGUUUUGGUAUCAAUAUAGCUAUUUCGGUUGGAGGCGUGAUAGUUCACUGAAAUAGUUAAAUUUGGACAACCUGUGCUGUUUGCACAAUCACACCUGUAUACUAGUGCCUUAUGGGAAUAAGUUAUGUUGCUGUGAGCACCUUUAAACUAGUACAACUAUUUAUUUUGCCAGCAAAAUCUGAGGCAGAACUUUAACUCAGAAGUGAGCAUGGCUAUGGACUGGGAGUUGUGCUGUUAACGCUCUGUGGGGUAGACCAGGACUGAUGGUGCUGACAAUAAGGGGAUUUUUAACUAUGGUGGUGUAGCUUAUAAUUAAAGCAGUACAGCUCUUUUUCUGUAGACCAUGCCAAAUGUAGGUACAAUGAGGAAAUAAAUAGUGGAACUAGCUGACUUGUCCAUAAGGAAAUCCUGUAAAUUGCCCAAAAACCCUCAAUGAGUUUCUAUAACCUUGGGCUGCAUUAUUGCUCUUGCAUCAUUUUUACAAACUGAUGUGUGUUUGUCCAGUGCAAGAUGCCCGCUCCUCCCCUCUAUAUGGAUAUUAUGGGAGACAGUAUCAGACAGGAUGACUUGGAAGAGUGCAGGAUUGUGUCCUCUGAAGAAUGAGCAGGAGAGUGCUGAGCAAAGUCUGCAGUAGUCUGUGGCUCCAAGGCCUGCGUGCCAUCUAUGCUCAUGUCUGCAUCCCGUCUUUCCCAUCUGCAUAACUUGUUGCCUUUGCCUCCGAGUGUUCCUGGUUCCUGCUUCCCACAUUUUCUCAACAGCUUCAAGCUGCUGCCAAACAAGGCCUUUCUCCAGCCAGUUCACGUUGCUGUCUCUUCCUGGAGUUUGCUUCAUCCGCCUCACUCUGUUUCCUUCAACCUCUCUUUGGCUAGUGCUGAUUUAUGCUGGCUCCAUCUUUUCAUCUAGCCCUGAUUAUGCAGCCACGUCUGUCCUCUCACCUGACAGCUUGCCUUCCUUGUGCCUUCUUGUCCUCAUCCACUGGUGAUGUAACCUAAUCUAUGAAAAUACAGACAGCUCCUAUAAAACGAACAAUAAAAUCUGCACUCAGACUUGCGCACUGGGUGUGCAUGGUGUGGACAGAAAGAAGUCCUGUUUAUUCCCUGUUUGUAAUAAUUGUCCAAAGGGCAUUUUGGCAUUGCAUUGUCCUUGCCAUAACUGUGAAGUGGGCUGUUUCUGUGAGAGCUGCUCAUGUUUGUUAAAACUCCUCAAUCUUGCUGUAAACUAAUUCUGUGGAAUACCUCAUUAAAAGUUAGCUAUGUCAGUAAUUUAAAA